AUUCUAUUUGUGUAAGAUCGUUGUAUACAUACAAUUGACUCCUGGAUUUUGGAUUGAAUAUUAAUGAAGUGUUGGUGAUUAGUUGACAUAUGCUGUUGAUAUAGCUCUUGUUUUUUUUUUUUAAAGUAGGUCAGGAGAUAAAUGAAUUUACCUUCUAUUUUCCACCUGAGUAGAACUGAAACGAGCUGAAUGUCUGAAGAGAUAAUUAGUUUCUCCACACUUUAAGUUAAAUGGAUUUUUGUGUAUUGACACCCAAAGGAAAAGUUGAAUGCAUUUAAGUUGAUGUGUUGGGAGUAAUUGAGUGAGAAAAAGACUCUUGGUGUUUAUCUGAUGUAUGGUGAUCCACUGAGACUGUCAAUAUUGACAAAUUUGUAGACACCUGGUAGACGUUAGCCGCAAAUUGACUUACCUGUGUUAAAAAUCAUCAUGUGGACAUAAGUAUCAAUAACAGCAUACCUGUCCUAACUUGGCCACAGAAAUUUACAACCCAUGUGUAGCAAAGAUGACAUCUUGAUAUUAGUUAAAUAUUUCACCGCACUUGACCCCAUUUGUUAAAGAAAAUAUACCUGGUAAAAUAGAUACAUUAGCUGAAGAGAGACACACCUGUGAAACUGGGAUUCUUUUACCUGACACAUUUUUACUCUGUUUUUAUUCAAAUUUUGUGUCAGCUUCAUAUUUUGUGUAAAUUUGCCAGUGGUGAAACAUAAUGUGGUGAUGAUGUAAUGGUUUCUUUUUUAUUAUCCAAUUUGCUAUUGAUUUUGAGUUAACUAGUGCUGCAUGAAAGGACAAGCAGAAAACCAAAUUUACAUUGACUUGGGAUCAUAGUUUGGACUUUCAUGAAAUUUGUGGUUUGUUGAGAGGAAUCUUUCAUACAGCAAUAAGCUACAAUGGCCAAUCGUCGUAAUAACCCCGGAUUUUUCCGACUCCAGUCUUUAGGGGAGAAUACUGAGAGUGAUUUGUUUCAGAGACGACGCCUUCAUUACGAUGACCCGUUACCAGAGAGAAAUUUUUACGGUGCCACAAAUGGCAUACCUGGGGUGAUGCCACUGGACAGCAGCAACAUGUCCUAUGGAAAUGGGGCAUUAUGCCACAGGUGUCACGAGGGAUUUGGAGCGAAUGAGGAAAUUGUCAACUCCAACGGGGAAAUGUGGCACACACAGUGCUUCGUAAGCAGAAAAGCAAGGCCAGCCCCGGGUUUUACAUGCUCUAAAUGUCAGGAGACACUGUCUCCUUGGGAACAGAUGGUGAAUUUUAACGGUCAGGUGUGGCAUACUACCUGUUUUGUCUGUGCCCAGUGUUUCCAACCAUUUCCAGAGGGUGUGUUUUAUGAGUUUGAAGGAAGGAAGUACUGUGAGCAUGACUUUCAUGUCCUGUUUGCGCCAUGCUGCGGAAAGUGCUAUGAAUAUACUUAUUCAAUUUUUCUUUUUACAUAAAGCUUAUCAAAUUGUUUCCGCUGUGAAAUCUGUAUGGCUCCACUGGCUGAUGAGGGCUUUGUCAAGAAUGCUGGAAGAGCCCUAUGUCGAGAAUGCAAUGCCAAAGAGAAAGCCAAGGGUCUGGGCAAAUAUGUAUGCCACAAAUGCCAUGCCAUCAUUGAUUCUGGACACAUCAAGUUCCGGGGAGAGGCCUACCAUCCUUAUCACUUUAACUGCAGCUCUUGUGGUUCAGAGCUAAAUGCAGAUGCCAGGGAGAAGUCGGGAGAACUGUAUUGUCUACGCUGUCACGAUAAAAUGGGAAUCCCUAUCUGUGGGGCAUGCAGACGUCCUAUUGAAGAGAGAGUUGUACAUGCAUUGGGGAAGGCUUGGCAUGUAGAGCAUUUUGUGUGUGCUAAAUGUGAACGUCCAUUUUUUGGAACUCGUCACUAUGAAAAGAAGGGACUGGCCUACUGUGAAACUCAUUACCAUCAGCUGUUUGGAAAUAUUUGCUUUGUUUGCAACAAUGUAGUCACAGGAGUAAUGUUUGGUGCCUUUAACAAGUCCUGGUGUGUAGGCCAUUUUGCAUGUUCUAUCUGCGACAGAAAAAUGAGUCACAAAACCAAGUUCUUUGAAUUUGAUCUGAAGCCUGUGUGCCGUGUAUGUCAUGAAAAGUUUCCUGGGGAACUUAAGAAACGACUGAAGAAAUACCACGAAGAGGUCUCCAAGAAGCAGAUCAUGGCCAAUAGCUAGAUAUUUAUUUAAUUAAUUGUGGAAUAAAAGUCAGCAUUAUCAGAGAAUGACUAGAAAAACAGAGUAAAGCAGAGUGGAGGAAUUAUAAACGGGAGAUGUUAAAGGAGAGAUGUGUAGAUUAAUGAAAAAAAGAAAACAGAUUUUUCUUUUCUUAAUUUUGAAUUCGACCUAUUUCCGUCAAAAUUUUUUAUCAAAUUUUUUUUCUAGUAUAAAGGGAAACAAGAUUACUUGUAAUGUACCUGUAGAACUAAGUAAAACAACAAUGUUUUGUCCAUUUGAUUUCAAGUUGAUGUUAAAUUUAAAGAUAUGCUGGAAGAACUUUUUAAAGAUGAAAUAUGUUUGACUGCUGUUUUUAUACUCAAUUUUGCUUUUUCAUUUAUAGCAAUAAUUAAAAUGAAUGAAAAAUAUUUAGCUUAUUAGAAACUUUGAAAAACCAUCGUAAUAGGAAAACGGUGAACAGGAAAAGUGCCAUUAGAGUCUCUGAAAUUAGCUGUUUUAAACAUUUAUAGUGUGAGUAUAUUUUUUUGAAUGUUGCACAAUAAACAUGUAAAUUCAUUAUUAGGAAAAAGUUUUUCAGAAAAACACCUAUUGGACAGGAAAUUCACAGAUAGAUAUAAUUUGUUAAAAAUUUUUGUGGAAUUGUUUCAUAUAAAUACAGCUGCUGUAAAUCAAAGAAAGUUAAAUGGUCAGUCUUUUAACUCUGUGGUAGAUUUCCUGUUACAUGGUUUGGCUGGUUUUUGCAUGACUUAGUGGCUUACAGGGUUUAGUUUGUGCAUUGUUAUGUUAAUGUAUACCACAAUUCAUUACGGUGAUGUUUUUGUAUUUUUUUUUUCUCGGUAAAUUGUUUUGUUGACAACAAAAUGACUCAGUGGAUUAAAGAAACAUUUUACUGGAAUACAAUGAAAUGCUGUAGAUUUCUAAAUAUAUGCGUGGAAUUAAUUAUCGCUUAAUUUCGCAAGAAGGACCACACGCCAAAUAAAAUUACUCGCCUUUAUUUUUAUCAUGCUGAAAUCUCUAAAAAAUAUCUUGAUCAAUCGACCAUUCGCGAAUUAUUAUUCUCGCUGUUUGACGUUGAAUAGCCUAUUCGCAAUAAUAAGUACUCGCAAAUAAUAAGGAAUCUACAGUAGGAAAUAUAGUAAAUUAGAAAUCUUUCCUUGUAGUUGUUACUGAGAUCAAGUUUGAUAUCUUAUGAUCUGCUUUGACAAUCUUCAGUUGUUAAUGAUAUCUAAAGAUUAAUUUAAAAUAUAUUUUCAUGUAAGGAAAUCUGGAAUAUAAAUGUGUUGAUCUCUUUUAAUAUUAAAUUUUGUCAUGUGCUUUACAUAGACCAUUUUUUGCAAUAGUUUUAUGAAUUUGAUUCUGAGUUAAUGAUACCAUUAUUUGUGCUUCCAUGUUAAAAAGAUUUGUCAUUGCUUUUUCAAAAAGAACUCCAAAUUGCAUUUUGUAUUUAAAUAUUAUUAGAUUUUGAGCUUAUUACAAAGAGAGACAACUCUGUCACAUUUAUACAUUUUUAUGAGUUGUAUAUCAUUUUCUCAGAAAACUGCUGGUCUUUAAAACCUUUUAUUUAGUUUGCUUACCUGUUUACUUUUAGAUGUAUUUUUAUUACCAUAAUAAUAGCUUCUAUGCAUGAUUAAUGUCUGUGAUUGUGUAAAUAGUGAUUUAUAAUGUUUGUGUAUAUAUGUGUAUGAAUGUCUAUUUAUGAAAUAUACUUGAUAGACUUA